AUGUCUCUCUCUGUCUACAAUUCUGGAGCCUCCCGCCAAACUUCUUCCCGCAGUGGGGUGGGGGGUCGCCGGCUCAGCCAUUUGUCCAGCUCCAGUAGUGGAGGUGGCUUUGGCUCUGGGGCAUGCUCUGGGGGUAGUUUCAGUGCUGCAUCCAUGUUUGGUUCCAGCUGUGGCUUUGGCAGCAGUUCUGGAAAUGCCUUUGGAGGAGGACUGGGCAGUGGUUAUGGAGCAGGACUGGGCAGUGGUUAUGCAGUAGGACUGGGCAGUGGUUAUGGAAGUGGGCUAGGAAAUAGUUAUGGAGGAGGACUGGGCAGUGGCUCAAUGGGCAUCUCCUGUAGCAAUGAUGGAGGCCUUCUUUCGGGAUCAGAAAAGGAAACCAUGCAAAACCUCAAUGACAGGCUGGCUUCCUAUCUGACUAAAGUCCGGGCUCUUGAGGAAGCAAACACUGAAUUGGAGAACAAAAUUAGAGACUGGUAUGAAACACGCGUAACUGGAGACUCCGUGUCCAGAAAUGAGUAUGAAAAAUAUUAUCCAUUAAUCGAAGAUCUUAGGAAUAAGAUUAUUUCAGCCACAAUCGAGAAUGCUCGGCUCAUUUUGCAGAUUGACAAUGCACGGUUGGCAGCUGAUGAUUUCAGAAUGAAGUACGAGAAUGAGCAGGCCCUACGCCAGAAUGUUGAAGCUGACAUCAAUGGCCUGCGUAGGGUGCUGGAUGAGCUGACUCUGGCCAGGACUGACCUGGAGAUGCAGAUUGAAGGCCUGAUGGAAGAGCUGGCUUAUCUUAAGAAGAACCAUGAAGAGGAACUUCAAGCCAUCCAAGCUGGAGGGCCUGGCCAUGUCAGUGUGGAGAUGGACGCGGCUCCAGGAAUCAACUUAACCAAACUCCUAAAUGACAUGAGAGGGCAGUAUGAAACCAUUGCCGAGCAGAAUCGCAAGGAAGCCGAAGCUUGGUUCAUUGAGAAAAGUGGAGAAUUAAAGAAGGAAAUCAGCCACAACACGGAACAACUCCAGACAAGCAAGAGCGAAAUAACGGACUUGAAGCGCACACUCCAGAGUUUAGAAAUUGAGCUCCAGGCUCAACUUGCUAUGAAAAAGUCCUUUGAAGACACCCUGGCAGAAACAGAAGGUGGCUACUGCAAUCAGCUAUCCCAGAUACAGUUCCAAAUUGGCAGCUUGGAGGCCCAGCUUUCCCAGGUGAGAUGUGACAUGGAGCGUCAGAAUGCAGAGUAUGAACAACUCCUAAAUAUCAAGACCAGGCUGGAGAUGGAGAUUGAGACCUACCGACAGCUGUUGGAAGGAGAACUUGAAGGGAAUGAUGCUGUUGAAAAUUUAAACGUGCCAGAGUCCAAUUCUCAAGCGCAGUCGAUUGAUUCUUCCAAAGACCCAGCCAGAACCAGGAAAAUCAAGACAAUUGUGCAAGAGGUAGUGGAUGGGAAAGUUGUUGCCUCUGAGGUUCGAGAAAUUGAAGAAGAAAUAUAAAGCACCAAAUUAGCUGUGAAUAUCGGUUCCUGAAUCAUGAAGGAGAAAUUCACAAGAAGAAACAAGACCAUUAUAAGGCUCUUGGCUUUUUAUCAGCUAACUCAUUCUCUGUGUCUUUCUGUCCCUGCUAAUAUUGUUUUAAAGAAAAUGAGCUGUAUUCUCCUUUAGUUCUUUGUAGUCCUUUGGGAUAAGGAACAUUCUAAUGGAAGCCAAUAUAACCUUUUAACAAAUGGAUUUUGCCUUUUAAUCUUCAGUACUCAAAUUUAAUUUAAGGCUCAUGUUUCUGUUAACUGGAGGAUAUAGAGAAUGAAAGGGAAAGAGGUAAAGUAGAAACAGGUGAAGAAGAAACAGUCAAGUUUAAUUUACUGAUAUUCUCUCUUAAGCCAUGUGAAUGA